AUACGCCAAAGCGGAAGUGCUAUUCAACGCCAUUGCAGUAUAUUGUAUUGGCAAUAAGGAAGAGCAAAGUUGUCCCGUUUAGGAUUUUGAAACGCUUCUUUGUAAUUAACGCUUUCGUUCCAAAAUGUGAGUAACCAUCUCAAAAAUUUUUGAAAUAAAUUCUUUAUACUUAUAAUAAGUAGUUUUCAUAAAUUUACUCCAGACAAAAGGGAAAAGCAGCUAGUGAGUCAUGAUAAAUUUAUAGUUGGCCCUCUAAUUUAUAAUUUAUAUAUAUAGUUUAUAUAGUCUGUCACUUGUGAUACAAGUGUAAGAAACAGUUUAGGCUACUGUUGUACUCGUAGGCAGUCUGCUACUACAUGUACAUACUUAAUAAACCAAAUGACAUAUCUUGUUCAACUGUUUAUAUGCUGAACAAAAUAAGCCUAAACUAAAAUUUAAUGAAUGCAAUAAAAAUUAUAAUAUUUCAGCAUUCUGACUGUCCAGUACACUAGACACACCCUGCUUUGAAAAUGAAAUAAAGGCCUUAAAGGCUAAAGCCAUAUCAUGCCCAUAUCAAUAUCAUUUAUUUAUAUUAUUGAUAUUGGUCACAUAGAAUCGAUAAUUGUUGAUUAGCCUUGCCAAUGAAAAAGUGGCCUACUAAUAGUGACUUGGAUAAGACUGAGUAAGAGUAGAGUGUAGAGACUAUGACUAGGGCAGGAUGCCAAGGAGGAGAAUCGGGUUGUUACAAUGAUGAUAGUCUUGGGAAUUUAUGGCUAAAUGUGGACACUGGGGUCAUAGAAUUAGGACUACCACGUUAAGUGGGAUGGAAUGAAAAAAAUGGUUGGGGGGGGGGGGGGGGUUCUUAUGUAAAUGCUCUAGAGCAGGUAUUCUUAACCUUUUUUGCAGCGCUGCAGGCCCAUUCUGUUUUAAACACACACACCCCCCACCCCCCAAAACCGUAUAAAUUAUAUUAUUAUAAAAUUUAAAAUAUGAAAAUAGUUAAAUAAUUUAAUUAUCGUAGUUUUAUUUAUUUAAUUAUAAACAAUGGAAAAAAUUACCAAUACAAGAAAUGCGCCAACAAAAUUCACUAGAAAACCAUUUCCUGCUGCAACAACUAGCAAUUGCAGCAAAAACAAUCAGUGGCAUAGCUAGGGUUGGUGUCGCCCGUUCUGGUAAACUCGUGGUGUCACCCCCAACUUCCGUGAUGUAAUUCUUAUUAAACUAAGUCCACAGUAUAACAUUGACAAGAAAAAAUAUAAAUUAAUUGAAGUUUAGGAGGCAUUAUAGAAAUGUAAAAUGUACUUAGAAUCGCCCAUUCAAAGGAUUUCUCAUAAUUUAGAUAAAUAUAGCUUCCUGUUACCAAACACUUCAUUCAGCGUUGAAUUUUGAAUCAUGGUCAAAACGAUGUGUUUCUGGCCUAAUAAUAAGGUAGCCUAAUUGCUGAUGUACCAACCUUGAAAUUUUAAUAAAAAACGCAUUUUGAUAGGUUACACGUGUGAAAAAGUUAGGUCUCAUCCGUUAUACUUAAAUGAAAUUCGGUUAGAACGAGCAGUGUGUUCUAUGUAAUUUUGCAAUUUGGUGGCACUCCCAUAGCUACGCCACUGAAUAAAAUUUUCUGGUCUUCCACGCCUCGGGGCAGGGGAGGUACAUUUACCCCUGGUUAAGAACCACUGUUUUAGUUAAGUGUUUCUGACGCAAGUGGCAAGUGGGGUAAUUUGAUAUCCACAGGACAUGAAUUUCUUGAGGGUUUUUAAAGGAUAUUAGUGGACACAGGCUACAUGGAAUUUUUAGGGGGGGGGGGGGAUAUGUGACAUUAUAUUUGAGGAUGGGUCUAACUUUUUGGGACAAGGGGGAGGGGGGUCAAGAAUUGGCAAAAUUUGAGUGACGUCAUUUCUGGAUGGCCCCUAUUACUGCAUUUAGAUUAUUACCAGUAUUUAAUUAUACUUUAGAAAUUUUUUUUAUAGGGUACUUGUUAAUUUAUACUUGCAUUGCAUUUUAAUCAGCAAAUUGGGGAUCAUCAUUAAAAUAACUGAGUGCUCUGCACAUAAAUUAGUUCACUGCCUGAGAACAAUUUCAAAAGUUAAUGUAGAUGUUAAGUCAUUUGAUUGAUUAUUUUGUAGGUCCAUUCUGCUUUGUUAUUUAAAAGUUUUGUUGGGGGGGGGGGGGGGGGUGUUUAAAGUAUUUUAAAGUGUAAUUAAAAUUUGUUUGCAAUGCUAUUAUUUUUUUUUUAGUGUGUCCUAUUUUUCGUUAAACAAGUUUUUGUUAUGUUAUUUCAGAUGGCAGAGCAAGAAGAGACUGCCCCUGAAGUUGACCAUGAGGAUGAAGAUAAUCCCAAUUACAAGCCCCCUGCUCCUAAACCCUUAGAAGAAUUAAUCAAACAAGAUGCAGAAGAUGAGAGUCUGAGAAAAUACAAAGAAGCAUUGCUUGGAGGCAGUCUUUCAGGGAAUGUUAUAGUUGGUAUGUCUGCUAAUUUAUAUACAUUUAUCUGAUUCUUUCAAUUCUUUAAAAUAAUACAAGUUCUUUCAAUUUGCAACAUUUAUGAAAUAAAACAAACUUAUUUAAGUAUACUACACAGACAUGGGGCAAUUCAAGGCUUCUGUAUAUAAAAAUACUGAAUAAAUAUGGAUUUUUAGCCAUUUUGCAAUUCACUGCAAAAUAUUUGUCAGAGCCAAUUAUCUAAGUAUAUUUAAUAUUUCAGAUGAAAAGAAUCCAAACAAAGUGAUCGUUCAGAAACUCUCCCUGCUUGCUGAAGGACGAGAUGAGAUUUUUAUUGAUCUUACAAGUAUGUUUCCCAGUGUAUGAAAAAAUUUAAGGGUUAAAAGAAUGAUAAAGCGGACUGUGGGUAAAUUUUAAUAGUAUAAAAAAAUGUACAUACACUCAUGGUUCAUGUGGAAUGUUCUUGGAUAUUUUUUUUUAGACUUCACAUUGUCUUAUUCACUUUAAGAAAAUUUUGUUUGCCCACUUAUCAAAUUUAUAGGCAUGGCUAAUCUGAUUAUUUUAAUAUGGCAAGGUGCCACAUUAUAAUAAUAAUGUAACACAUCACCACUGUUAUAGCUCUGAGUUAAGCCCCAUACUAUACAGAGCACGUGCACACCAGACCUGUUUACCCUCAAACUCUUAAAAUCGUACAAUAUCAUCACAAAAUCCUUAAAUACAUUAUAUUUAUAGUUUAAAAAAUAAACAUACAGUAUAUAUGUUUACAUCCAAAAUCGUACAUUGUACGCCAAAAUCGUAAGAGUAAACAGGUUUGGCACACCCAAUGAAAUUUUUAAAAAGCACACCAAAUGAAAUUUUUAAAAAGCACACCACUGUGUGAUGGAAACAAUUUCACUCAUGCACAGUAACUGACCAUCAAGUGACCAUUAGGUAACUUGCACACUCUUCUUGGUUUUAACUCUGGUGUAGUUACCCUCCUAUAUGACCACAUGGGACCUAUCUCAGGGAGGCGGAGCCUUACCCGCUUGAUUUUGAAUCGAGCAGACUUGUAUUAAGCAAAAAAUAAUUCUUAGUUUUUUCACCUUUCUAUCUAGCCAUUCUGUAAGUAAAAUGUGCAAUUUUGUAUUCUAAUUUGUAGGGUACAUUUUAUUUUGUGGUUGUAGUGGGCGAUUCCUGUUCAUUACUGAUCGUCUAAAGUAGUGUUUUAAUUUAAUGUACCCCUUAUCAAUAUCGCCAAAGUUUAACAUAACAAAUGACUGAAAACCAGUAUACAAAGAAAUUGAAACAAUGGCUAGUGAUACGAACAAUAUUCAAUUUAACUCAUACCGGCGGUUUAGACUAAAUGCGUCAUUUGCUAGAUCUGACAGAAGCGUCCCAGAACGAGACUUAGUGUGAUUUGAAUUUAAAUACCAGAUGUUUUUAUCUUCUUUCGAUUUGAGUGUGCUUUAGUACAAUGCAUCUAGCAUGUGUUUGUCAGAUGGGGCCAAAAAUCUUUUUAAAUUAUUUUUUUGCUGUUGAUGCUUUAUUUUUAUUAAACCUUUUUCAUUUAUGGAUGCCUUUACAUUUAGAAAAAAAUAUUUUACAAAGAUAAUUCAAUUGCAAAACGGAAGUACUUCCCUUUUGCAGGAAUAUUACUCAAGUGCGGAAGCAGCACUGCCAUCGGGAUUGAGUUAAUUAUGAUAUUAAAUUUCUACAAAAUAAAAAUUCAAUUAUAUGGAUACCCUGUACAAAAAAAAAGAUAUUAACUUACACUUACAACACAGCACAACAAUCCUCGAAGAAUAAAUGUAUUAUUUACACACAUAAAGAGUACAAUCUUGAAAUUACAUAAAGUCCCAUAUAUGGGACUUGGGAAAUAUAGGUAAAAUCUCUCCCGGCUAGGAAGGCAGACGGCUGUUAUAUAGGGAUAAAAUCAGAACCAUCUAGUAUAGAAAUUGCAUCACCAGACAGAUUUCUUUAGGACAAUACAACAUAUUUGAACAUAAACAAUUUAUUUCCAAUCAAGGAAGAGUCAGGGUUGGCACAGGGCUACACAUUUUAUGGCUGAUGUCAAUAUCAAAACAAAAGAAAAGGGUAUGAAGUGGUGGAAACUUCAGCUCGAUGUGAAAGUGAAAUUAGGUCAAGAUAUAGGUGAUAUUGUAACAAUAGACCCAUGUUUGCUUACAUUUACGACUAAAUAAAAUGUCCUUUUCCUUGUGCUAUAUCUAUUUACCAUACUCUUGGAAGCAAUAAAGUUAUAGUUCUCAAGACCUGAUUUCCUUGGAUGUGUAAACUAAAUUAUAAACUAUAUUGCCACCCACUCAGCACACUGCCACAUGAUUAAAUGUUGGCAAUAAUUCUAAACAUUUAGAUAAUGUUAUAUUUUAAAUGUUUACCUGUUCUAAACUUGAAUACAUAUUUUCACUACUAUUCUUUUAGAACCAGAGGAAGAAAUCAAGAAAGAAUGUUUCACACUUAAAGAAGGCUGCAAGUAUCAGAUCAAAAUAUACUUUUUUGUGCAACGAGAAAUUGUUUCUGGCCUCAGAUAUGAGCAUAAGGUUUAUAGAAAGGGUAUUCAAGGUAUGAGAGUGUUCUAAAAAGAUCUUAAUUUCCUUAAUAAAAAUAUUAUUAAUAGUUCUUGAGGGUAAGUCUGGAUAAAUAAAUAAAUCUGCCUCCUUUUUUUCUGAAAAUUUGUUUGUUUUUUUAUUUGCCAAUUAUAAGUACCCUCUUCCUGAUAAGUAAGUACCCUCUUCCUGAUAAGUAAGUACCCUCUUCCUGAUAAGUAAGUACCCUCUUCCUGACAAGUAAGUACCCUCUUCCUGAUAAGUAAGUACCCUCUUCCUGAUAAGUAAGUACCCUCUUCCUGACAAGUAAGUACCCUCUUCCUGAUAAGUAAGUACCCUCUUCCUAAUAAAUAAGUACCCUCUACCUUAUUAGUGGGGUUGGGCCUAGAAUUCAUUCGUUUGUUUUUGAUGGUAGUCAAACUUUAUAUUCCAUGAGUUAUCUUUAAUAACUCCUAAUAAUAAUAAAUGUUUAUAAAAUAAUAAGUCUUUAUGGUAUUGUGCUGAUCAUACUGUAUUUUUAAAAGAGAUUAUUAGUUAUAUUAUUUUUUUUUUUUAUAAACUCAUUAAAACUACUACAGUAGUUUACUAGGCAUACUAGUAAAAUUGUUUUUGUUUUUCCAGUGGACAAAAUGAAGCAGAUGAUGGGAAGCUAUGGACCUAAAGCAGAUUUGCAGUCUUUUACAACGCAGCAAGAAGAUGCUCCUUCUGGCUUAUUAAUGAGAGGUGAUUACAAGAUCAAGUCAAGAUUUGUCGAUGAUGACCAAAAUGAAUACGUGACCUGGGAGUGGCACUUGGCUGUCAAGAAAGAUUGGUGAUUGAAUAUGCUUUAGAGUAUAGGAUCAAUUUUUUAAUGUAUUGUGUAUAUUUUUUUAAAUUGUCUCCUAAAAGCUGAGCUUCCAAGCUGGAAGUAUUUGUUAUAGAUUGUUAAAUAACAGCUAGUGAUAGUGGAAAGGCAUUUGUGUAUUACGAACCAACAAAAUAUUGAGACCAAGGAAAUACUUGUCGAAUCAUGAGUUACCUUUUAGUUUUCAGUUAAAAAUAUUAAGGACAUUUAAAGUAAUAGACACAUCAGCAACCUGAUAAUAUUCAUAAUCAUUGUUCUGAACUACUGCAGAGAUAUUCUUUGUCUUGUGCAUCAUCAAUACUGAAUGAGUGUUUUGGAAAGUUGCUAUUAUGCCAGUAAGAAUUAAUUUUGUAUCUGUCAAUGCUGUUAUGAAUAUUUAGUUUGUAGUGAUACUGGAUUAUUUUUAUUUUUCUCAAUUGUAGAUGUCGCAUGACCUAUUCUAAUGCUUAAAUUUUCAAGUGUUCUGUGACAUUCUGGUAUGCAUAUUGCAAAAUAAGUCUUCUAUUUACUUUUACAUAGGAAACCUUACUUGCCUGUCCUUAGUCACAAAUAGGAUGAUACAGUAAGUAUCAUGAAAUCCUGCUGGACAGCAAGCUAGUAAGAAAUGAAUAGUGCAUACAAUUUCUGGUAAAUAUUUUGCAUUCCAAUCUUUUGCAUUGUUAUGCAAUGAAUAUAAUUUUUCUUCCUUUAUAUAUCUUGUCUUGUAAAAAUUCAGUGUGCAAGCCAUGAGCUUUGUUAAUGGCACCUUAAAGAGUGAUCACAUAAUUAAAACUAAUGAGAAUGUCAUAACCUGUUACCAUAGGAAAUAUUUGGUAAGAUUGUAAACACAUUUCAUUCUUCAUAGAGCUGAAUAUAUUUUGGUUUCAAAGUUCUGACCAUUACUAAUUUAGUUUGAGUAUGUUUGAUUUGUUGGCAUACAUGAAAAACUGACUGCUCUAAGCCUACGAAUAUAUAUACCGUUUAUGUUUGCCUGUGACUGGAUUAAUUAUUUAUUGUUUUUCCUUUUUUUAGUGUACCUUAUAUGGUCAUUUUCAUGUAAUUUUCUAUAGUUGUGUAUACAUCGGUUUCUAAGUUUUUUAAAUCUUUGUUUUAAAUGUGUAUCAUUAUUUUCAUAAAAGAAUAUCAAUUAUUAUCCAUACAUGAUAUAUUAAUUAUAGAAAAUUGUUUAGCAAAGUUGAGUUCUUUUAUAAUUCUUAAUCUUUAUUU